UAUAAAAUAUUGAAAUUUGUGGCUCCCGCAUAUGAUGUGUACGCUCACGCUGCUUGUAGAAGGUUCUCGAGGUGAACGAGAUGAAAUGCAAGAUGCGCACUCCAUUGUUAUUGAUCUUUGGUCUUUGGAAGAUAAAGAUGAUAGCAAAAUAGAAGCCUUUAAAAGAAAACGCUUAUCUUUUUUCUCUGUUUAUGAUGGCCAUUCAGGUGCCAAAGCUGCUACGUACUGUGAAAAUGUUCUUCACAAGAAUUUGUUAAACAAUAUCCAAAGUAUGCUUGAAAUGAAGAUGGAGGGCCUUUUGGAUGCUGAUGAUGCGUUAUGUAAUUCUUCAGGAGAACUUUCUCCAAAGCAUAUUACUCGUUGCAUACUGGACGCUUUUAAGCAAACCAACUCGGAUUUUAUUAAAAUUGUUCAAAAAGAACGUUUAAAGGAUGGCUGCACAGCUGUUGUGGCUCUUCUUUAUGGAGAUUUACUUUAUACUGCGAAUCUCGGAGACAGUGCCGCUAUUUUAGCAGCAGAAACCGACUGCCGAUCUUUGAAAUGCUUCCCACUUUCUAAAGAACACACUGCGAGCGUUUAUUCUGAGCGCAUGCGAAUACAAAAAGCGGGAGGAACUGUUAAAAACGGCCGUGUGGAAGGAGUUAUCGAAGUUUCACGUUCCAUAGGAGACGCCGCUUUUAAGCAUCUCGGCGUGAUUUGCACUCCGGAAAUAAAAAUUGAUAAUUUCAGCACUGAAAAACUUCAUCCCCACUUUGUUAUUCUCGGCUGCGAUGGACUUUGGAGCAAAAUGCAGAAGCAGGACGUUGUUAAGUUUGUUGGUGAUUUUCUUUCUGCAGAAUCUACUCAUCAAGCAGUCGAAGAAAUUUUAGAGCAGCAGGAUCUCCAAUUGCCCGACGAAAAUUUGCUUUCCGUUGAGGAGCGUGUGAAGUAUAAAGUCCAGAGAACCGUCCGCUACCGGAAGAUGACUGUGCAAAUGGCAGUGAAGGCGCUCGUCAACGAGGCGGUGAAGCGCGGAAGUUCAGACAACGUUUCUGCGUUGCUUAUUUUUUUCGGAAAAAAUAAAUUUUAG